AUGCUGACGAAUUACGUGACUGUUUUGCAGGAGAAAAGAGUACAAGUCUCCCCGCCGUUGACAAGAGGACCAAGUGCCUUUAUACCAGAGAACGAAGUUAUGCAAGCAAAUGGUUUGGAUGAACGUACUAAUCUUCUUGUGGAAGAAUACUCUACGUCUGGUCGCCUGGACAACAUCACGCAGGUCAUGAGUAUCCAUACUCAGUACCUGGAGUCUUUCCUCCGCAGCCAGUUCUAUAUGUUACGCAUGGAUGGGCCCCUUCCUUUGCCCUAUAGGCACUACAUUGCUAUAAUGGCUGCUGCCAGACAUCAGUGUUCCUACCUAAUAAAUAUGCACGUUGAUGAGUUUUUGAAGACUGGCGGGAUUGCAGAAUGGUUGAAUGGUUUAGAAUACAUUCCCCAAAGACUGAAAAAUCUGAAUGAAAUAAACAAGCUCCUUGCACACCGGCCCUGGCUAAUCACGAAAGAGCACAUUCAGAAACUUGUCAAGACUGGGGAAAAUAAUUGGUCUCUUCCUGAACUGGUGCAUGCUGUUGUCCUGUUGGCACAUUAUCAUGCCUUGGCAAGUUUUGUAUUUGGUAGUGGCAUUAAUCCAGAGAGAGAUCCGGAUACAUCUAAUGGAGUCAGACUUAUAGCAGUCAACAACUUCUGUGUCUGUGAUCUUGCCAAUGACAACAACAUAGAAAAUGCAUCCCUCACAAGUAGCAACUUUGGGAUUGCAGAUUCUUUAAGUGAGCUGGAGGCCUUAAUGGAAAGGAUGAAGAGGCUACAAGAAGAUAAAGAGGAUGAAGAAGCCUCUCAGGAAGAAAUGGCAACUCGCUUUGAAAAGGAGAAGAAGGAGAGUCUGCUAGUAAUUAGUGGAGCAUUUGAUGAUGAAAUAGUUUCUACAGAUGUCUCCCGCUAUAUUGAAGAUCCUGGGUUUGGGUACAAAGACUUUGCAAGGAGAGGAGAAGACCAUCUGCCAACAUUCCGAGCUCAGGACUAUACUUGGGAAAAUCAUGGCUUUUCCCUUGUAAACAGGCUUUAUUCCGAUAUUGGGCAUCUCCUUGAUGAGAAGUUUCGGAUGGUGUAUAACCUCACGUAUAACACUAUGGCAACGCAUGAAGAUGUUGAUACAACUACGCUAAGAAGAGCUUUAUUUAACUAUGUCCACUGUAUGUAUGGAAUCAGGUAUGAUGACUAUGAUUAUGGAGAAGUUAAUCAGUUACUUGAACGCAGCCUGAAGGUUUACAUAAAGACAGUGACCUGCUACCCAGAGAGAACUACCAAGCGCAUGUACGAUAGUUACUGGCGUCAGUUCAAGCACUCGGAGAAGGUUCAUGUCAAUCUACUUCUAAUGGAAGCUCGUAUGCAAGCCGAACUUCUGUAUGCCCUUCGUGCCAUAACUCGUCACUUAACCUGAAGCGUUUGCUGGGCAGGAGUAAAGGAGUUUUUACUGAAUUUGUGGAGUCCAGCAGAAGAUCGGUUCUGCCUGUCCUGAGAACGUACCACCACGUCGUGACUCGUGACAGAGACGCGCGGGCUGCGUUGCAUUGAAUUGCCCACUGGAUUCUUCUGUGUCUCCUGGAGACUGCUUGCCAGUCACUGUCUUACUACAGCAAUUGAAGGUGAUGCGAGAUGUGGAUGCAAACAUUGAGCACGCUUUAAUGUGAAAUGAAUCAUGAUAAAUCCUACAGCAUGCUACUGAAGUGCGAAAUUCAUCUGCUUUGUCGUGCCCCUUCCCAAGAGAAGAGGCCUCACAAUUUGCCAUUUCAGCCACACUUACUGUGUUUCAGUCAUGCAUAUUCUUGUUUUACUGACAGUCACCCUCAGUUGUCCUUACAAUAUCCAUGCUCAUCACAUGUUGCAAUUUGUUUAGUUGGCACCUAUAAAGUUAAUACACAGGCUGACCAAAAAUAGGGUUGUGGGUUUUUUUGCACUCUCUUCUUUCUC